GGAUCAUCGCUAAGCUAGGAAUCGAAUCCUAUACUAAUUAUAGUUGGGAACCGGGAUAAAGAUACCUGGUUAAGUCCGAUCAGGCAAUCGCAUACCCGAUAUAUAUUGUAUAUUGCAUAUACUUCAAAUGGAGUCUCCAUUUAGAGUAAACAACCAAAUGGUAAAUACUAGCGUUAUUAUUAUUAUUAUUUAAUCAAGAAACAAUCGUCAAAAUGCCUAUUCAAGAUACACUCGAAUUCAGAUCGGAUGACUUUCGUCGGGUUGUCGCCGGAGCCUCCACCGAAUGGCUUCGCCAGCAAGAGGUGAUAGCAACUCGAAAAGAAACACUAAGCAGUUUUGGAGUCGGCGCCGGUGUCGGCGGUGCCGUCGCCACGGGAGGGAUCUCGGUGUUAUUCGCAGCGUACAAAACUCGGAGUGCAUAUGUCGCCCACAAGAAACUUAAGAUCAUCGAGGCCGAGCUUCGAAAGCGCAGUGUCGAACUACACAAAUUCAGUAAAACGAAAGACUUCCUUGGCCCAAUUGCAAUCGGCACUGUGAGUGUUGCUGUUGGAGCUGAGGUCACUGGCCUAUUUGAUAGUGUCACCGGCAUCGAUCAAAUAGGUGUACCAGACGAUGUUUUACCAAGCACAGGUCUCUUGGAUAACCCCGGUGAGGCAGCUCGUGGAGCUGGAGGUGCAAUAGAGCGAAUUUUUGAUUCUAUUACCGGCGAUACGAGCACAGCAGCGGCCAUUGCGACAACAGACGCAGUGGCGUAUCAUGCCGGUAUGGUUCAAGUAGAAACAAUUGCUCAGGAGAUGGGUCAAACGGUCGCCGAGACGCUUCUUUUUGCACCAGGGGAACCGAGUCCGGAAUGCAAGCGUAGUGCUGGUCUGGAUGGGUUAAGUUGCGACAAGUGUAAGGCUAAGAUCACGCAAGGCCAAUAUUGGCAUUGCUGCGAUUGUCGCGAUGAUAAUUAUGACAUCUGCGAUGGGUGCUACAGGAACAAUAUCAGGUGUCGAGAUUCCAAGCAUGCUCUGAAGAAGUUUCAAACUCCCGGUCGGACAGAUUUCAUUGACAGGAUAUCCAAAACCCCUGGCUACGGCUUAUGGAAACCAAAAACGUUUAAAGCAGAGCUAUUGCAAAGUUACCUCUUCUCUUGUAAUUUCUGCCGAGCCGAAGUCCGACAAGGAAAGGUCUUUCAUUGUUUUGAGUGCGGCACUUUCGAUCUUUGCGACGAAUGUUAUCUCUUGGGCAAACGUUGUGACGGUAGACACAGUUUGGCCGCGGGACUUUGCGCGAUCGAUAUCUCAGACUGCCCAGGGUAUUAUCUACGCAAUCUUCCAGUCAGUAGAGACUCCAAUCCAUGUAUUUGCGCCAAUUGCAAGAAGUCAGCGAAUCAAGGGACUUUUUACCGUUGCUGCUCAUGCGAAGAUGGCUCUGGUUCUAGUCCUUACAGCCUUUGCCACGACUGCUACGUCAGCGGGCACCGCUGCAAGCAGCCUGGCCAGCAUGUUUUAUUCCUCUACCUUGUGUCCAACGGCGCUUUUCCAACCAAAUAUCCGAGCACCUGUAGGCGGAAGGGGUUGACGCGAACCUUUAAGAAUGGAGGUGCUUGUAGCAGGUGCAAAGACUACAUCACAGAAGGUUCAUUCUUCCAUUGUUGCCGAUGCCCCGGUGGUGGUGGUCCAGAUGAUUUCGACAUUUGUAUGCGCUGUUAUCGAGGAGGCAGGCAUUGUUACGACACAGAUCAUCUCUUGACGCGACACUAUAUUAAGCGAUAAUUACUUUAUAACAAGGACAGAGAUCUGGGCUUGGAAUUUGAUGCUAUCCACAAUAUUCUGAUCAAUUGGGGCUGCAGGAGUCCUUGACCAACCAAUUCCUUUUUGGCCUUGGCGGCUGGACUCGACUCUGCUAUUACAUAUAACUGGUCUGCUAGACCUGACCGCCUAGAUCUCAUUGGGUUGUCUCAUGAAGCGAUGUCUGUAUAACCCUACUUUCCAAUGUUGCCUGCAUGUCUCUAAAGAUCAUGAACAGCCUGCAUUAGCCUUUCGUACGGCCGAAGCACAAGGCGAACUGCAUGUUCAGCUUGUACGCGUGUAACAUACUUGGUGAACUAUCCUCGCCUAUGUACUCUAUUUGUAUCUAUACUAAUCUUGUAAAACUGCCCUUGGGUUCGUACGAUCUUAGAAUCAGCUAUACUGCUGCUUCAAAAGGAAAGAGCAUAUUUGUCACGGAGAAGUGUAUACUGAGCGGUAGAGCCUUAUUGCGGAGAUCGCCUAUUAAUAAAGAGAUAUCCAGAGAUAACAUCACAGGUUAGAACUUAGACCUCAGAUCAUCUGAAUAGACCUCAGCUGAUCGCUUCUGUAAGUAUGGUACUGGUUCACUUCCACUGAUUCCGCACCUUCGCAACAACAUUAUCCUAAAUACAGAAUAAAACCUGAACAC